AUGAACUCGCCAUUAAAUCUUUAUUUAUGUCAAGAAGAUCCUCCAGAGUUUCGUAAGGAAUUGUUUAGUUGUGAAAAUUCCUUGUUUGGUUUAGAAACUUGUAUAGAGAAUCUUGUCAAAUUGGCAAGAUCUAGCGUAGAAAUUGCUUCAGAGUAUACCAGAAAACAAUUUCAAUUUGCUGAAGAACUUAAAAAUUUCGCAAUGCAACAGCCCGAAUCAAUAAUAAAAUCUUUUCUUAUAAAGUAUUCAACAUCAUUACAAGAAAUUGAGAAGAGUCGCGGAAUACUUAAUUCAAGUAUAAACUCGAUGUUUAUUGAAUCACUUGAAUCUUUUAAAAAGAAUGAAAUAUCACCAUUAAAGGCGAUGAAAAAGAAAUUUGAGAAAGCGAGUAAUGAAGCCGAUAUUGCACUUCAUAAUUAUAUGAAUAAAACUCCUUCUAGUACGAAAAUAUAUGAAGCUUCAGUUGAAGUUUCAAAAACCAGAAAAGAAUUACAUCUUAGAUAUAUUGAUUAUGUGUUGAAAUUAAAUCAAUUAGAAGCAAAGAAGCAAUUUGAAUUCAUGGAAUAUAUAUUAGCAUUAAUGUUUAGUGGAAAAUCUUUUUAUCAUCAAUGUUAUGAAACUAUGAAGGAUCUUGAGCCUGGCAUGAAAAAUGUGACAAAAUUACUUCAUGAGACAAGGUCAAAAUAUGAUAGUGAUUUAAAGACUUCUGAUAAAACCAAACAAUCAAUAUUGGAGAUGGCAAAAGAUACUUACAAUCCAUUAAAUUCUUUUAAAAAAUCAAUUAGAAAAGUGAAUGUUGAUGAUGAUAAAUCUAAUUUAAAUCAGGAAUCUAUAAAUGACAAUAGCAACAAUGACAAUAAUCAUAAUGACGAUAAUAAUUGUAGCAAUAAAUCUGGAUAUUUGUUUAUGAAGAUUGAUAAAAGAGUUAUGCAAUCAUGGUCUCGUAAAUAUUUUACUAUUUCAGGAGAAUUACUAUAUUAUCGUAACAGGAAUAUUAAAAUUCCAAACAACGAAAUUUCUGGUGUUAUAAAGCUUAGAGUUUGCCAUGUGAAACCAAUUGACAAUAUUGAUAAAAGAUUUUGUUUUGUGAUAAUAUCACCAACGAGAACUUAUAUUUUACAAGCUGAAAAUCAAGAAGACAUGGAAGAUUGGAUCAAUUGUUUAAAUGCAGCAGCUACAAUGGCAUUAUAUUCAGAUAAUGUUUCAACGUUAUCUCAAAAAGUCGACAGCAAUAUUUCUCAAGAAUUGCUUCAAUAUGACAUUGUUGAUGAUUUUGAGUUUAGAGAAAGUGGUCUUACUAAGGAAGAAUUACAAUUAAAAUAUAAUUUUAUCAAUAAAAUUAAAGAAAUUGCUGGAAAUUCAAAAUGUGCAGAUUGCAGAACUAGCGUUCAUCGUAGUUUAGGCGUUCAUAUUAGUAAGGUUAGAUCAUUAAUGUUGGACAAGUGGGAACAAGAAUCAAUAGAUAUAAUGCUAAAAUUAGGGAAUUCCAAAAUAAAUGAAAUAUUUGAAGCCAAACUUGACGAGGAUUAUAAAAAUAAAAUAAUUACAGAUCCAUCAUGGAAAAGGGAUAAAUUUAUUACUGAUAAAUAUGUAAAAAAAGAAUUUGUAGCUCGAAAAGAUGAUGAAAGUUCCAAUUCUUUAGAAAUUAUCAACAUGGAAUUUUGGAAUGCUAUGAAUCAAACAAAUCUAUAUGAAGCCUUAAGAUAUCUAGCACUUGGCGCUGAUGUUGAUUGGAAAAAUCAAGAAAAAAAUUCCACAACAUCAUUACAUCAGGCUAUUCAAAGAAAUGAUGAAUUAGCAUUGGAAUUUUUAUUUUUAUGGCAAGUUGAUAUAAAUUCUGUUGAUAAGGAUGAUGGAAAGCUACCAGUUGACAUUGCAAUAGAUUUGCAAAAUAUUGAAGCUAUAAUAGCAUUAAAUCCCAAUAAAUCUAAAACAUCAGAAAAUUCAAGUUUUGAAGAGGACGAAACAGAAGAGGAAUCAGUAAUAACUGUAUCUGAACCGUAUAACGGUAAUAAUGAUGAAAUAUUAAAAAUUGAUGAAAAUAAUUUAUAUUUUUAA